CAUUUUUAAUGAAAGGAAAAAGAUCUUCUCUGUUCACCCUGACCAGCUGGUUUGAACUUAGUUAGAAAUUGCCAAAACCCAAUAAUGGGCCACUAGGUUAUGACAUUGACAAGCUCACGUGAGCCCCAGCCAAAUAGGGGAGGCCCAUAUAAUUCAUUGGGUCCAUGCCCUGAGCAAAACCCAUUUCUCUAUUUGUGGGGUGGGGGAAUUCAGCGCUCUUUUAUCUCACUAACCAUUCAACACCAGGCACUUGCCCAGUUUUAGAGAGAGAAAGCAAAUUGGGGGAGCCCCCAAUAAGGGAUAUAGAUAGAGAGAGGGUCAUUUGGCAGGGGAGAAGGAAGAAAGGAAAGGGAGAAAGCGUUCUUUUUCCAUGGUAGCAUCCUUCCCCACCUCAUUGCUUCCUUAUUGCAGUGGAAUAUUCAUCUCUCUCUCACAAGCCAUCGAUUCAUUCCCCUCUUCUUGCCUGCAAACCUUAAAUCCUCUUGUACUUCAAAAAUAACGUUUCCUCAACCGAUUGCUAUGUGGGUUCUACAUCAUACCACUUGCACAGGUAAGCAAUGGAGCUUAGUAAGAGGAAUUGGAGGCUGACAAGCACAAAACAAAAGGAGGAAUUCGUCAAAGAAGAAGAAUUUGCAGAAUAAGAAAGAGAGGAGAGAGAUUCAGAGGAAGAGAGGGAAACCCAGCUUCAAAGAAUGGAGGAAGAGAGAGAACACAUGUUUGACAAGCCGCUGACUCCAAGCGAUGUCGGAAAGCUUAACCGACUUGUUAUUCCGAAGCAACACGCGGAGAAAUACUUCCCUUUAGACCAAACAUCGAAUGAGAAAGGCCUUCUGCUAGGCUUUGAAGACAAUUCCGGCAAGCCAUGGAGGUUUAGGUAUUCUUAUUGGAAUAGUAGCCAAAGCUAUGUCUUAACAAAGGGGUGGAGCCGUUUUGUGAAGGAGAAGCAACUUUGUGCAGGAGACAUCGUCUCGUUUUCUCGCCAUUCAGGCAAGCUCUUCAUUGCUUUCAAGCAUAGAGCUAAUCUUUCACCCCAAAUUCCGUUAUGGCAUAGAAAUCUCAACAAUAUUCACGCUACUAGUAGUAUUAAUGGUGCUGAUAGUAUUGAUAAUGGUGGUGUUGGCUAUAAUUAUAAUGGUGUUUUGUGGUGUUCUAGACCAAAUGGGUCGUUGUACUAUGUUAGGGUUCCAAGUCAUGGUGGUGAGAUGAGCUCAGGGAAUGGAGUUAAGAGGGUGAGGCUUUUUGGGGUGGAUUUAGAGUGCCCUGAAGUUGAAGAAACUGAUAGUGUUGGUGUUACAGGAGCUUGGCCUGCACCACAGCUGUUUAGCAAUGUUGGGUUGGUUCCUAGAGCGCCAUUAGAGAGAGAAAGGGAGCAAACCAUUUCAUUUGAUCUAGAGCAGAUGCCUGGUUCUCAAUGGGGUUGAGAAGGAAAAAAAGUCACAAAGAAUUGGAUGUCAUGAUCGAUCUCUCUCUCUCUCUCUCUCUCUCUCUAGGUCUCCAUGGGGCUGAGAGGAAAGAGAGCACCUUGAAUGCAACAGUUUUAGGAGCUCUCUCCCUCUCAACCUCUCUCUCUCUCACUCUCUCUCUCUGCAUCUUCAAAAUAAUUUUUUCCUUUUUUUUUCUGGAUGGAGAAGGAAAGUUGGGAGAGGAGAGGUGGAUUGCCCCACACUGUCUCUUUUAAUUAGGGGAUGACACUUUCUUGGUGCUUGGAAUGAUUGCUCAUGAUUUUCACAUAAUGCAACAAUACAUUGGGAGCUCAUCUUUUUGGCCUGUUGAUGUUUCAUGUCAAUGCCUGGUCUCUUCCUUGUGAUUAUUAUGAGUUAUUGCAAUUGUGAGCUUCUCAAUGUUCAUAGCAAAGAGCUAUUUAGCAGAGAAUGGUAACUUAAAAGUUAAAACCUUAA